AUGAAGAGGCAGGACAUCGCCGAAUUGAAAGACAUUUGGGGGACAGACGAGAAGGUGCUCGAGGUGCUUCAGAAGCUGAUACAGAUGGCGUCACACCUGUCAUGCGCUGUGCGUGCGCCUUCUCACAACGAUCUGGAGCUAGCCCAACUCGACCUUCUCGCGCGUGACGUGGUAAGUCUUUCUGACCUCUAUUAUUCCUGCGACGGGCAUUGGUGUGCAUGGUUUUGAGCGGCAUACAAUAGAUUGGGGUGCUUGCGUCUCUGCGGUCUCCUUUCAUCCCAUCCUGCAUUGGGCUUUGUUUUGUUUGGGAGUGCACACUCCUAUAGGAAAGAUUGCCAUGCUCUGUGAUCCAAUAUCGUUGGAAAGCGUGUUCCUGAUAACAUGCCGGUGCCCAUGGCACCUCUCUCACACACACCCUAAAAAACAAACGGCGAUGCACGAAAGCGCCUCAAAACGCACCCGGGUGAUCGCUUUUGUUGUCACUCCUACCAGCGAAAAACACCUCGGCGCUUGCUUUAUUCGUCUUGCUUUUGGGUAGCCGCCAAUGGAUCCUUUUUCCGCGACCUGCAAAUCGACGCAUUCCCGCGACGGGUUUUAUUUGGUGCCACUUCUGCUACUGCUGUUGCUACUAUUCGC